AUGCCGCUGCAGGUGGUUAACUCUGGAAUAAACCCUUUAGCUUACGCUCUUUUCAAGAGAGACAUAAAAGCAGAGCUUAAAAGAGUAUUCAAGAAACGUCAGUAGCUGUAGAAAAGUGGAGAUAGCAGCUAAAUGCUGGGAAUUGGACUUGGUAGAUAAGGAGCCCCGAAGGGAAAUAACAUUCUUAUUUUUAUCAAUGGAAGGGAUCAAAGCUUAUAAUAAUCUAGACAAGAAGGGAGAAAUAGGAUUGAUUUGCCUGAAAACAGAAGAAAGAUGAUAGAUAAGUCUCGCGUAAAAUGACCAAAAGUGCCGUCCAAAAAAAAUGCUGUUGAAAAUCCAUGUGAUGCUCCCCAAGUAAUCAAUGUCUUAGUUCAGAAAUCAACGCAAAAAGGGAGAUAAUUGUUUUUCUGCCUUGAUUUCUUUAGUAUUUGAACACCACGUAAAGUCUCCUUGUUGUUAGAGUAGAAAAAAAUAAACUUCCUUGUUAACAGAGCUGAUAAUUUUCUUUUAUCCUUACAGCUGGCAAUGGUUUCAGUAGUCAGGGAGAUUUACAAGAAUUAUUUAACAAAUAGAGAAGCCUUGUAUGUGCUCUGUUCUGUUGCAAAGCACUCAGGAAGUGCCGAACAAAGCACGAAAGAAGUGAAACGAAAAACGCUCGUCUCGCGUUUCUCCUCGCAUCUUGUUCAGCUCUACUUUCGUUACUUGCCAGCUCGCUUGAUCAAAAAUUUCACUUUCAAUCAGCGAAAAAAGCUAGUGAGAAGUUCUGAAAAUGGUCAGACAUAUUACAGUUCCGCGGAUGGCGUGACAGCUUUAGCUCAGCUCAAUGCUUUGUACUCUGAUAGAGCACGCUCUUUCAACCAGUGA